AAAAACCUCACCCUCGCCCUCCAAACCCUCCAAACCCACACCGCCCCCACCAACCCGGACGCCACCUCGACUGCCAGCAGCAACCCCACCACCACCAACCCGCAGGACCCUCCCCUGGGGAGCGUGCAACUCCCGCCGGAGAUUAUCGAUUACGUGGACGCGGCGCGCAACCCGGACAUCUACACGCGCGAGUUCGUGGAGCUGGUGCAGCGCGGCAACCAGGACCUCAAGGGGAAGAAGGAGGCUUUCCGCGGGUUCCGGGACGUGCUGGCGCGGGAGAUCCGCGGCGCCAUGCCCGAGUGUCGCGGGGAGGUGAGGCGGGUGUUGGAGAUGACGGGGGGGGAGGAUUGA